AUGACAAGAGAAAUUCCGCGAAUACAUGACCAAUCAACACCGUGGCUCAAGCUGCUAGUUGAGUUCGGGUUCCAAAACGAGCCAUUCAUUCUCGGAAGUGAAAGUACAUCCUCUUGGUUGGCUAGGAAAGAAUGGGUACUUCCAGAUGGUCGCCUGAAUAAUGAGUAUCUCAAAAAGUCUUAUGGAAACGCAAUAGUUCCAACUCUAGUGAAUGGGACGAGUUACGAAUUAACUACAUUGACAGAAUUCCUAGAAAAUAUGGGUGAUCCGAACGUCUACCUAAAAGAUUGGCAUUUUCAAAAUGAAUUCGGAACUUCUAUGUACACUCCUAAUCCAUUCUUUUCUCGAGAUUUUGUGAAUUGUGAGACAUGGACAUCGAAUAACGACGAGAACCCCUUCGGCGACGACUACAGAUUUGUCUAUAUCGGAGCUGCUGGAUCAUGGACCAAAUUUCAUGCUGAUGUUGUUUGUUCGUACAGCUGGUCUGCUAAUAUCUGUGGUCGUAAGAAGUGGUUUAUGAUGUCUCCUGGAAGUGAGGAAGUGUUCAAAUCUAGCUCGACGGAUUCGGGUUAUGUGGAGGAUAUUCGGGAAUACCAGGAACUUUUCGAGCAGGCCAAUGUCAUCACUUUUAUUCAAGAACCCGGGGAAAUCGUCUUUGUUCCGUCGAAUUGGUAUCAUCAAGUUCACAAUCUAGAAGACACAAUUUCAAUUAAUCACAACUGGAUGAACAGCACAAAUUUGGGUCUGGUUCGAGAUUUUUUAAGCAAGAGGGAGGAAGAUGUUAGAAACGAAUUGAGCGACUGUGUCGAUUCGUUUACUGAAGAAGAAUUUGAAGAAAAAGUAGAGGAUAUUCUAUACGCAGAUGCUAGACUCAACAAGUCGAAAUUCCUCAAAUUGUGUGAACUUGUAAGGGAAUCCAGAUCUACCAGAAAGGAUGACUAUGAUUGUAGAAAUCAUGGUUUAGAAGUUUGGAAAUGCAUUUCCUCUCCUGAUUGUUACUCUUCUAUCACCUCGAUAUGCUCUUGCUCUAUUUCUUUCUGUGCAAAAUGUUCUAAUUUUGUCAAACAACUCGAAUAUUCUAUCGUUUCUCGAUUUCUAGGUUUAUCUUUCUUUCAUUGGGCGAAAAUAAUUUAUUUCAAAUUUCAGAUGUUCACAGAGAGCCAGUUAUCAACGCUGUAUGAUUGUGCAACGACAUCGACGCGACUCCCAAAUGACUUUGCUGAUAAUGAAAAGGAUUUGAAGACGAUAAUUCGAUACGGCGAAUUGUUCAAGGCAUGUCAUUCCUCCAAUUCCAUCGACUACUUACAGAAGGCAGAAGAUCUCACAGAAGAAGAAAAAGUGGAGCUGAAGAAGACGGUUACACAGAAACUAGCAAAUGCUUCGAGAAGUGAAGAUGAUAUUCCUUGGAAUGUGAACAUAGUAAUCGGAAACUCCCAUGUGGCAAAGAGUCUUCGGCCUAUCAUCAACAUCAAAAUGCCAAGUGGAGAAAACUUUGAAUUCGAUAUCGAUUCGUUCGCUCAAUUCCGCCAACAACUUGCUCAAAUUGUUUUGGUCGUCAAUCCACAAGAAUGA